CAAAUCCUCUACUCAGUGCCAGUGGUGAUAUGGGAAUGCUGCAUUGCAUAUACUCGAUCCCUCGAAGCUAUCGUCACCAAAGUUCAGCUCAGAAACUUACCAUGAUAUGAUAUGAUAUCUCUGCUGCUGCCUGCUAUAGCCAUACUCCAAUCAAUGUUGUUUCUUCUACUCCAUACCAUACACACUAACUAACGCAAUUUGCAACUUGCAACAAACCAUGCUACUCACGUGUUACCACCAUCCCUUCCCUCAUUCACUUUCUUCAACCUCAACCCACUCGCUCUUCACCACAAACAGAAACUGCAACCUCUCUCUCUCUUUCUCCAUCGUAACCUCGCGCCCUCUCCACCUCACAACGCACACCGCUCACCGCUUCAAUUCCCUCACAGUUCGAGCCGACUCAUUUCGCCUCCGAUCCGAACAUGCCGCCGCCGAUUCCAAUUUCGACUCGCUCCUUUCGCUGCUCGAGUUCUCGUGUCUGCUCUCUUCCGCCAUAUCCUCCGCUGCCGCCGCUGUGCUCGCGGGUUCCAAGAGCGAGCUCAUCGCUGGGAUCGGUGCCAGAGCUGCUCCGUUCGGCGGCGCGUUGCUUGUGGUCGGGGUUCUGGUCGGCGCGUGGAUUCGGAGGCGGCAGUGGAGGCGCGUGAGUGUGGAGGCUGGGAAGGGCGGGUUGGAGGUGAACUUGCUGGAGAGGAUUGAGAAGUUGGAGGAGGAUUUGAGGAGUUCCGCGACGGUUGUUAGGGUUUUGUCGAGACAGCUCGAGAAAUUGGGGGUUAGGUUUAGGGUUACGAGGAAGGGCUUGAAGGAUCCCAUAGCUGAGACUGCGGCUUUGGCCCAGAAGAAUUCUGAGGCUGCUAGAGCAUUAGCAGUGCAAUCAGACAUUUUGGAGAAGGAACUUGGUGAAAUUCAACAGGUUUUACUAGCAAUGCAGGAACAACAGCGAAAACAGCUUGAUCUGAUUCUUGCAGUUGGGAAAGCUAGUAAGCUAUGGGAAAGCAAGCAAGAAACCAAUGAACGACAUGAUACGUUAGAAUUGUCUAAUUCAGCUGAGGAUGAGGUAAAACAGGAGGUGCACCAAAUAUGAAGAUUGGGUUAAAAUAAGGGGAAAUUCCUGAAAUUUGAAAGUGACAAAUCGUGGUGCAAUAUUUUUGUUUUUUUUUUCCGUGUACACUGUAUAAUCGAUUGUUACACAAAAUCAAAAUUACCAGAAUUUUAUCAGCACAUAAAUAAUGAUUAUUCGUUUUUCUAGAGUACCUCAAAUUUGAUGUGGAUACAGGUGAGAAGAGAUUACACGAGAGUCAAGACAAACUAAUGUGGAGGCUUUUGUUGAACUCUGUCCAGUUAUAGGGUAAAAGUUCAGCAACGUAUCUGUUGGGUUCUUUGUGCUUGUGCAUGUACACUCUGAAUUCAAGUUUGUAAGCUGUUAUCCAUCAAUUUUCUUUCUACAUGCUUAAGUUGGUAGUUAUAAAGGCUCGGUAUAACAUUUUUUUCUCUCACCUGCA